AUGAAUGAGGUCAUCGAAGAACUUCAUGAAGUUAAAAAAGCAAUUUUAGUUCGAUUUAUUAAUCAAAUAUCAAAACAAAAUAAAGAAAUUGGAAACUAUUUGAAAGAAAUUUUUAAUAUAUGUACGAAUCCUGAUCGUCAAACUCGUAUUAAUGUUUAUAAAAAAAUUUUAAAUGAACUUCCAUUUGGUAGUAUUAAAAGAGAAAAAUUAAUUGAAUACUAUGCAAAAAUUAUGGAUUUAGAACGUCGUGUAAGAAAAUUUGUUAAUGCUAAAAUUUAUAAUGAAAAAAUAGAAAAUCCACGUAGUACAGCAACAGCUGAUCGUCUUGAUUAUGUUUUUCAUCGUAUGAAAGAAGAAGAUGUACCAAUAGAAAAAUUGAAAGAAUUUUUUAAUGAAAAUGCUUAUGCUAUAUUUAGUUUAACAAUGCAUCCAACAAAUCCAACAUCAACAGAUUAUACAGUUAAAGGUGGAAUUCAAUUUGAUAAAUAUUUAGAUAAUAAUAUUGAUUAUGAAGAACAUUUAAAAUUACUUGAAGAUUUACCAAUAGUUGGACAAAAGAAAACUAUUGAAGAAGAAGUCAAAGAAACAAUUGCUAUUCUAGAUAUUAUUUAUGAAACAUCAAUAAAAUUAAGAUUUAAACUAAUAGAAUCAUUAAGAGAUAUUCCAUCUUAUGGUUCUGUAAUUGAUGUUAAUACACCAAUUAUACAAGUAUCAAUAUGGUCAGCUGGUGAUGGUGAUGGUAAUGAAAAUGCAAAUAUUCAAGCAUUAGAACAUGCUGUUGAAUUAUUAAGACAACGUAUUAAACAAUUGUAUUUACAUGAUAUACAAGAAAUAAAAUCGAAUAAGACGAAAAUUAUUGAAGAAAAAUUAAUAAAUAAUUCCUAUAAAUCAAUCAAUGAUUUUAUUGAUGAUAUAAAAAAAAUUCCAGAUACAGAGAAUCUAAUUUAUAAAAUCAAAACUUUUCGUUUUCAUUAUGCUCAAAUUGAUAUUCGUCAUAAUGCUUGUGAUAUAAUGGAAACACUUGCUCAUUUAGUACAAGUCAAUGGUUUGAUAGAUGAUUUUUUAUCGUUAUCAUUAGAAAAUCAAAAAAAAUCUAUUGUUCAAUGGUUAAAUAAUGAACAAAUAAUCGAAAAAUUAAUGUUAACUGAUGAUGAACUAUUAAAUAAAAGUAGUAAAACAGCUGCACGUAUAUUUGGUCGAUUAAAAUUAAUUAAAAAUAAUCUUGAUAUAUUUAAUAAAUUAAUAAUAGCUGAAACAAGUUCAAUAGUUAAUGUUCUUGCUGCUUUUUUAUUAUUAAAAGCAUCUGGAAAUAGUGUAGCAGAAAAAAAUACAAUUAUUGAUAUAGUUACAUUAAGUGAAUCAGUUAAAGAUUUAGAAGAAUUACCAAAUUUAAUAUCAGAGUUAAUCGAUGAUCCUAUUUAUCGAAAACAUUUAUUUUAUCGUCAAAAAUUAAUUCCAAUGAUAGCUAAAAGUGAUACUGUUCGACGUAAUGGUCGUGGAGCAGAAUCAUCACAAGAACAAGCAUUAGGAAAAUUAUAUGCAAUGCUUGAUCAAUUCAAAAAUAAAUAUCCUGAAUUAAAAAAUUUAACAAUCAAUGGUUUUAGUGGUGGUGGUGCUGCAUUACAACGUGGUGGUGGACGUGUUACAGAAGUCGCACAUAAUCAUGGUCGAGCAGCACGUUUUUAUGGUGCAAAAACUCUUGGCCCAUCAUUAUUAACAAUUCAAGGUCAUCAAAUGCAAAUAUUAUUUUCUCCAUCAUCAAUUGCUUUACAAACAUUACAAUCAUUAGUAGCACAAAAUCUUUAUGCACGUGCACAAACAGAAUUAAAAUCAAAUGGUGAACAUUAUGUUCAACCACGUCGAGCACCAGAUGGUUAUGAUGAAAGAAAAAAUAUUGAAAAAUUUCAUAAAAUUUGUCAAGUUAUGCGUGAUACUUAUUUGAAUUAUAUGGGAGAUUUAGAUAGCGAUCAAGAUCAAAAUUCGGGCAAUCAUAAUUUUAAUCAAUUGUUUACAAAUGCACCAUGGGUAUCAGUUAUUUUGGGAAAUUUAAGUUCACGACCAUCAAAACGUGGUGCUCAGCAAUCUAGUUUACAAAAUUUGACAGUUCGAGAAUUAAGAGGUGAAAAUCCCAAAUUGCUUAAUAAUCGUGCUAUUACUGUCGAACGAGUAACAGCACAUAGUGGAACACAUUUUCUAAAUUAUUUAACUAUUUAUGAAGGUUUUAAAAGUAUUAAUGAAGAUGAACUUCAUGAAAUGUAUAUUUGUAGUAAAUCCUGUCGUGAUUUUAUUCGUAAUACAGCAUUAUCAUUACAUAUGACUGAUUUUGAAAUAGCUUGGUUAACAAUGAUUGGUGAAAUGCAUCCCAAUAAAACGGAAUUGAUAUCAUUAGCAAGUAAAUUUAAUCCAAAUAAAAAUGGAAAAAAUACAAAUAAAGAAACAUUAGCAUGGCUUGAAUUAUAUGCAUAUGAUGUUGCUAAAUUGGUAUAUAAAUGUAUUUUAAAUAAAAAUCUACCAGAUCAUUUUGAUUUACAAUCACCAUUAAAAUUUGGUUUUUCAAAUUUAGCACAACAAUUAACAAUAAGAGAAGAAUCCGAUGAAUUUGGACGAUAUGCUCAAGCUGAUAUGACUAAUUUUAUGAAUAAUAAUUUAGAUUUUGUAUUAGGUCCACAUGAAUGUUUAACAUUACAAGCUUGUUAUGCAGCUGCUGAUGUUGUUAAUGCACCUGAAGGAGGAUUAAAUAUUGAACUUACAAGAAGACUGUUUUAA